CGGCCUGAAUUUUAGACGUUAUUGUCACUGUUGACUUUGCCAAUACAGCAGUACAUAGAUGGCUAGUACAUCAGCACUGCAUGAGAAAUCACCAUACUUUGUCUAGAUUUCUUUUUCUCACUCAUUCACCAUAUCACCAUGGCAAUGGUGGGUUCUCACGAUCCAAGACGACUGUCAAAGAGAUCCCGAGCUGGCGAUGCGGCUCUGGAGAAGACAACGCAGACCGAUGAUGCACGAGUCAAGCGGCGUCGCACAUCUCAAAUCAAAAAUGACGUCGUUAAACCACACACGCCAUCUGUAAGCAGGGCAGAUAAGAAUGGGAUCGAUAUGCUCGCUGCCACAAGUGUUGCUGCUGUACAGAAGAGCGAGAUGCUACAUGAUCCAUGGUCUUCCGUUAGUGUGGUGGCUGGCCAGUACAGCAACUUAGAUCCAAUCUUUACGCCUGAUGAUGAAUACCUCCUUCUCGGUCUCGAGACAGCCGUCCAUGUUUAUUCUCUUGCAACUUCGCGCCUUCUUCGAACCCUUCAUUCCAAAGACGGAGGUAGCAUAGUCGGAUAUAAGCUUUCUCCAGAAAACCCGAAAUUUCUCUAUACCUUUAUGUUGAACGGUUCUGUGAGCAAAUGGGAAUGGCUUUCCGGCGAACAAUGUUCAUACUGGGAUACAUGCCACAGGACAAUUUGCGUUGACGUGUCACUUAGUGAUGCUGGAACAGACUUAUUGUUCUUCCUGCAGGAACGCAAGGAUGGGAAACGGGGGAUAACAAUCCGGAACUCAAGCGAUGAAAAGCCACGCGAAAGCGUCAUACUCGAGACUCAUGUACAAAUCAGUCAUCUGAGAAUUGCAUGCCAAGGCCAAUUUAUCAUGGCAUAUGGCGAACAGCAUGUAUUUUUCGGCCGCACGGGGUUUGAGCAGGCUUUGGAAUCCGUCCAAUAUACCUGGAGAGAAGUCAACUUGCCUGUCAGCAUCAUGUGCAUUGAUGUUCGACAGAACGCAAUUUCAAAUCGAUCUGCAGUGCAGUCCUCAAGAGACCGAAAGUAUUUGGACAAGAUUGACCUCGUACUUGGUGAAACAUGUGGAUCCAUCCUUAUCUACCAUGAUAUAUUGCGUUUCCUCGACGAUGAGGAAGGCCGACUGAAUAGGAAAAUUCUAACGCCUCGGCGCCUACAUUGGCAUAGAGGUUCUGUCAAUAGUGUCCGUUGGUCUAAGGACGGCAAUUAUAUUAUAUCAGGUGGCAAUGAGUCAGUCAUGGUCCUUUGGCAGUUGGACACUGGGAGAAAGCAGUUCCUACCCCAUCUCUCCUCCCCGAUUGGCAACAUUGUCAUCUCUACGAGUGGAAGCUUAUAUGCUGUCAAAUUAUCCGACAACUCGAUUAUAGUGCUGUCAGCGCGAGAAUUACAACCUUCUUCUACCAUCACAGGCCUGCAACUAUGUCCCAAGGUUACAAAUGCCCAUGGCGAAAUUGCUUCUGGAGUACAGCCCUCGUUUGGGCUUGUCGCUGCUGCGUUGCAUCCGCAGAAUCCGGAUCAACUUCUCAUAACUGUGCCUGCCUCUCGUCAGACGACUCAAGAAGGUCAUCCUUUGGUUAAUGCGUCCACACUUCAAACAUACGAUAUUCGUACAAACUCUCAUGUUUCGCGUCAAGCCCUUGCGCGCACUAACGCUACUACGCUAAAAAUCAGCCCUGAAGGCUCACAUAUAGUCACCCCAGAUGUUAGCCAUCUGAGUGUUUCCAUGGACGGGAAAUGGAUGGCCACAAUUGACAACUGGAGCCCCUACGUGACAGACAUGCAGGGUCUGUACAACAGGGAAUCUGGUAUCAACAGACUUUCCGAAGACUCGCAGGAGAUAUUCUUGAAGUUCUGGAGAUGGAGUAAUUCUUCCAACCUCUGGGAAUUGGUCACCCGAAUUGAUAGCCCCCAUUUCUCAGACAAAGGUCCUGCGCGUGUCUUGCAUAUCGCUGUACGGGCGCACAGUCCUGAAUUCGCAACUCUCGGUUCCGAUGCAGUCUUGCGCCUUUGGUGUCCGAGUAUCAGGCAACGCAGUGGUUUAAAGAUUGGCGAUGUAGACCAGCCCACAGAAACAUGGAAAUGUCGGAGUGCCGUCGACCUGAAAACAUACUUCGAUGUCGGAAUGGCUGAUAGCCUAAGUGCAGCUGCCAUGGAUUUCUCCCAAGACGGGUCUGUUCUUGCUGUCUGCUUAGGAUCAACGACAACCCUGAAUUCUGGACUUGCUAUAUUGAUCGAUGCUCAAAAAUGUACCGUCCGAUACAGCAGGGUUGGUAUACAAAAGGAUCUGCCCAGUGCGGCCGCAUUCAUCGGAUGCAAUCUUGUUAUUGCGUCGAGGCAAUCGGUGUCCAUCUGGGAUACGGUUGAUGAUCUUGUGAGGACAAUUGAGUUGCCAGGGCCCGGAAACAUCCAAUUGAACCAUCGACGUCUGUUAGCCGUGAAUUAUGAGACGCAAACCUUUGCCGUAUCAGUACAGUCUUCGCCAAGGGAUUCCAUAUCCAAGAAGAACCGCACUUCACAGUUUAGCAUACAGGUCUACGAUAUCCGAACACUGUCAUUGCUUUCGGAAACUGUGCUGGGGCGUCAUCCGGUUGCAUUGCUUUCGGCUAUGCACUCUAGCGACUACGUUGUUGUUGAUGCCGCGGCUAAUGUCCAACGAAUUGGCCGGGUGGACAAAAGCUUCCAGAGUAACGGUCAUUCGCUUGACCUUACAACCCACCUUAAUUCAGGCCUGGCAAACCUAUUUGGACAGCAAGAUGGUGGCAAGUCCCAAGAUCCACACUACAUUGCCAUGGCCUCUAGCAUGGAUAAUCAGAAGCCGCAAAAGGAACUGGCCAGUGUAUUUGGUGAUGCGCCACCUUUUGUUAUGCCUCCUGCCAAUAUGAUUUUCCGCAACGUGAUAGAUGCUCUAUCCGGUUAGUUGCGGAGGGGCUUGGGACCAAGCUUAUUAAGGGACUACUACCAUGUUGUAUCUUUUGCUGUGUUGCUCAUACCAUUAGCACGAAAAUGGCUGCCCAAAAUUUCAACAGGCUGUUCCUGUAUACAAUUUAUGUCUUGAUCUAGUUCAGCCAGGCCAGUCUACAUAGCAAAUUGUAGCCGU